CGCGCGCACGCGCAAUGGAGCCGGGAGGCUGCUGCGCCGGGGGCUGCGGCCCAGGCUGCGGGCAGCGAGACCCCUUGGGGUAACCCCGGCGGGGAGAGCCAGGGCAGGCCCUGUGGAGCUCUAGGGGCCAGGGGGGAAUGACAGGAUGGGGCGCUCUGAAAAGCCAUGCGGGUCCCAGAUGCCAUGGGGAGAGGCCGCCGUUCAGGGUCCAGGGUGAUGAGCCCCUGCCUGAGGUGCCCGUGGAGAGGCUCUCCUGCUGCGGGGAGACGUUUACAACCACCACCAAGAGGCUCCAGGAGAUGACAGAGAUAGCCAAGCCGCCCCAGGAGAUAGCAGACACAGAUGAGCUGCCUACUGUGGCCCUACCAGUAGUGCCCAGCAGGGUGCCAUCCCCAGAGACUGGGAAGGAUCCUUCUGGGAUCAAGCUGCCUCCCUGGCUUGGAAAGUGGGGGACCAGCCCCGAGGAGGAGUCCCCCACCACACUGCCGGCGCUACCCUCCACUCCACCCACGCUGACAGAGAAGCCCAGCCAGUUGGUGCCCCAGCAGAGCCACAUGACCCAUGACUGGCAGAAGGAGGUACUCGUGGAUCCCCUGGACUCUCGGCCACAGAAGGAUUUGUGCAGUGAGGACUUACAGCGUGGCUAUAAUGGACUGCCGAUCCACCAGUUUCUCUCCUCACUCACUGACAGCUCCCUCCCAAAGGACUGCCCACCCCUCAGGGCCAUGCUGCUGGGGCAAGGGCAGCGGAAGGCCACAUUGGCAUCCAUGCUCUACGAGAAAUACAGUAAGGAGACGGAGGAGGAGAUCCAUCCCCGCCCGAGGCGCAUGGAAUCUAUCUCCACCACACAUCAUGACUACCGUGCCAUGGGUUUCCAGUCCACACCCCAGCCCACCACCCAGCGUCACAAUUACUUAACGGAGCAGCCAACCAGCUUCUGGCUGGAGCAAGCCCACGGGCAGCCGGUAAGGCCCCCACCAGCCUGUCCUGCCAGUACUCUGGGAGUCUCAGCUGCUGACAGACAUCUCUCCAAUUCUCUCCUCUCCAGGGUGUCACUGCCCUCUUCGGCAGAAACAUUCCCUUCAAGAGGAAUGCAGACUUCUCCACUCCCAUUACCAUGUACUUAGGGCAUCCUGAGCCCUUCAACCUCUGUGACCCCUAUGACCCCCUGAGCAGACAGCUCCAAUCCCACAAGUAAUAAAACACAAGGGGACAGAGGUGGUCCCAGCAUCCUUGCCUACCCCAA